UUUGCAGGCUCUCACAGUCGAAGACCAGUUUUAUCCAGGAAAGAAGUCUCUGGGGGAGAUCCAGCUGGGGCCAUUUGGUCUUCCCUUCCAGUGCGUUCUGCAUCCGGUCACCAUGGAGAUCCUGCACACCUCUCUCCUGGUCCUCGUGGGCCUGUUGGGGUCCCUGGCCCAGCAAGAUCUCGAAAAGAAGACCAUGAUUUUCCCAGAAGCAUCCAACACUGCCCGCGUGGUUUUGAGGACCGUGCAUCAGCAGCCUUUGACCAGUUUCACCGUGUGCCUGAGAGCCUACACUGACUUGAACCGCGCUUACAGCCUUUUCUCUUAUGCGACCAAGCAGAGCGACAAUCACAUCCUCCUGUUCAAACCCAAAUCCAAUCAAUACAGCGUGUACGUGGCGGGAGCAGUUGUGACCUUCAGUGUCGCAGAUAACCCCGUCCCUAAACCGCAGUGGGAGCACAUUUGUGCAUCUUGGGAGUCUGCCACCGGAAUCGUGGAGCUUUGGUUGAAUGGGGAGAGCUUGCCCCGCAAGGGUUUGAAGAAAGGUCACUCCAUCACUCCUGAAGCUUCGAUUAUUAUCGGGCAAGAGCAGGAUUCCUAUGGAGGUGGCUUUGACGUCAACCAGUCCUUCGUAGGGGAGAUCACAGACGUGUACAUGUGGGAUCGGGAGCUUUCCCCGGAUGAACUGGCCCUUGUUGGGAGUGACAGCCGCCUUUCCAACUACUUGAUCGACUGGAAAUCCUUAAAUUACGAAAUAAAGGGUUAUGCAGUUGUGAAGCCCACCCAGUUCGGGUAGGCUUUACAAAACAAAACACAGGGCUGAAAAAAUUAGGUACUUAAGCUUCACUGUAACUAAUGUUUCUGUAUAUUAGUAAGGCUGUAGUCCUGAGGACAAUGUCCUGAGAGAAAGCCCCAUGGAAUAAUACGGGACUUACUUCUGAGCAGUCCUGCUGUUGCUUGCUCUAUUAAGUCACUGAUCUGUUCAUCCAAACUUUUUCAUGAAACUUGUGAGUCUGUAUUCUCCAAUAAAAUAUUUCAUUUCCCCCA